AUGGCUGACCUUACAGCGCUGCUGUCAAACCUGAACACCGACGCCGGAGGCUGUCCGGCGCCCUUCAUCGCCGAGUCGCGGUAUCCGUUUACGGAUGGAUGUAAGUCAUGCGUGUGCAGCUCGUACGCCAGCUCGAACUAACGUGAUCGGCAGACUAUGGUGGACGCAACUGCGCUGCCAACCCACUCGACACCUCGGCCAAUGCUUCAAGAUGCUGUAUCCCGUGCCCAAUCUUCGACUGGACGUACGACGACAACUUCAAGAGAUUGACAGAUGGAGCCGCAUGGUACGUAAAUUGAUGGAGGAGAACCAAAUAUCGAGUCUGAUGCGCUGACUAUGAUUUAGGGUGAAUGUUGUAGGAUUCAUUCUAUGCGGAUUUCUCCUCAUCUCAAUGGUAGCUCUGCCUACUACUGCCUCUCGCCGCUCUUAUCUAAACAUCAUCCUCCUGGCUGGCUUGAUGUUGCUGGAGCUGGGAUUCAUCAUACCACUUGCACGGCAACCGGAACAGUGCUUCGAUCCGAUCACACCAAACGACAUGCACAGCAACUUGACAUGUGCUUUCUCUGGAGCCUUCGCUGCCUUUGGUGGCAUGGCAGUAGUUACUUGGAUCGUCAUUCGUGCCCUUUUCAUGCAUCUUCAGGUCGUCCACAACUUCACACCUGGCACUCGUUCAUAUAUCGCAGCAAAUGUUCUGGCUUGGUCAGUCACGAUCGGACUCACAGCUGCCGUCCUAGCUCAUUCUGGAGUCUCAUUUCGAUUUGGAGGUAAGUAGGUCAAUGUUUAAUCGAAGGCAAAUUCCAGAAAUUGACAUGGGGGUAGGCUAUUGUCACGUCAACGUCGGCUCAAUUUCGACAUACUGGGGCUGGCUACUGGGCUUCGGUGGCAUCGCCUUCCUCCUCCAGCUUGCAACACUCGCCUAUUGCAUCAAAGUCUACCUCACCGCCGCGAUUGUCGGCAGACAAGCGCUCGGCUCCUCAAGCAAUAAAUCUUCAAUGGGAGGAUCCUCACGCUCCCGGACGGCCUUUGCGUCUCUACGGCGUUUGAAGACUGUCUUGGCUCUUCAGUGGCGCUCUGUGGCGAUUGUAAUCCUGGCAAUCUUCACGACGUCCUUCGUGUGCGUCGUGUUCAUUGUCCUGGACAACUCAACCACGCUAAGUGCCUUCGCGAACGUGGACAUCCUGAUCCCUUGGCUUCUCUGUAUCAUCGGUACCCAGGAUAAGAACAAGUGCCUGCAAUACACAGGGCCUUUCAUCAUACCGCAAAGGAUAGUCGACGCUACGCUAUAUAUUUUGGCGUUUGUCGGGAUCGAGGCAUUCCUUCUCAUGGUCAGAGUGGACAUCUUCAAAGGCUGGUGGGCUUUUAUUCGCAACCCGCUGGGUCGACGCAGAUCAAGACCGGACUCCACCGACACCUUUGUGACUCAACCGAUUCAGAGAUUUGAAGUCAAUAGAGGCAGCACGAUCUUGGUCCAGUCACCGCGAGGAGCAGAGAUGGAGAACAGGAAGUCGAUGGCUCCAGUAUCUCCAGUGGAAGUGGAAGAGAAGCGACACCCUGAGACGAAUGUGUAG